AUGUCGCAAUAUAUUGGAAGAACAAUCUCCUUAAUCUCCAGUAAAGGGAUCCGUUAUGUUGGUAUCUUGGAUGAUGUUAACGGUGAAGAAUCAACAGUCACUUUGAAAAACGUCCAACCUUUUGGUACUGAAGGUAGAUUAAACGAUCCUUCAAAAGAGAUAGCCCCUUCCAAUGACGUUUAUCCAGUCGUUGUGUUUAGAGGUUCAGAUGUUCAUGAUUUAUCAGUUUUAGAUGAUCCAGCUCCAACACCAACUCCAUCAACAAAUAAUCAACAAACUCAAUCACAACAAGUUCCAACCCCAACUCCAUCAGAAACAGCUACUCAACAAUCACCUCCAUCCCAACCAUCUUCAACAGUCCCACAACCUCAACCACAACCAACCCCUCAACAAAGACCACAAAGACAACAACAACAACAACAAAGAUAUGAUAAUUUUGCCUCAACUAGAGAAUUACCUAAAAAUGAUUUUGAUUUCGAACAAAACAAUGCAAAAUUUGAUGAUAAAGUUGAAGAAUUGAAGAAUGAGCAACAACCUGAACAAUCUGAACAACCUGAACAACCUGCAUAUGAUAAAAAAAAAUCAUUCUUUGAUACAAUUUCAAACUCGAAUGAUCGACCAGAAAGACCAAACUCCAACAAUGGAAAUAACCGUGGUGGAUUUAGAAGAGGUCGUGGUCGUGGUGGUAGAGGUCGUGGUAGGGGGAACUAUCGUGGUGAAUCAAAACCAGCAUGGGCUUAA